UCCAACAAAAAUAGAGGAUUUGUUUGGUGUAGGAUAGAGAGACAUAGAUGAGCGAUGAUGAUUUAAAGCAAUUAGUAGGGUGAAAGUGAAAUCGAUCACGGCAGGUAUAUCUAGGGUUAGGGUUUGACAGAAUCUUGAAGAAGACGACUACUUUUGGUUGAUUUGAUCCAAUGAUUCCAUUUUCCUUUGGCAAUCGACCCAACGUUUUCCAGGUAUCGAUUCUCCUAAAUCUCAUUCAAUUAUUCUUCACUACAUCAGGAUCAUCCCUACAUAUAAACAAUCCGUCGCACCUCAAUCAAUCGACAAUCGAAAUUCAUCAAUUCAUAGAUCCCAAUCCGAAUUCAGUUUCAUCUCCAAUGCCUGCAAAGAAGCUUCGGAGGCUCCCACACGUUUUCAGCAAGGUUCUCGAGCUUCCUCUCCGAUCAAACGCCGAUGUUUUCAUCGAAGAUAGAUCUGAAUGCUUCAGGUUUAGAGCAAAAAUCGAGGACAACGCCUUUUCCGGCGAGGUGAAGGCUCAUGCCGUGAAGAUUCAUCCGGAGGUGACGAAAGUUGUUGUGAGAGGAGGAAAUGGUGGAGGAGAGGUGGAAUUGUUGUUGGAUAAAUUGGAGGUGGACGUGUGGAGGUUUAGGCUUCCGGCGACGAGUCGACCGGAGUUAGCGACGGCGGUUUUUUUAGGUGGAGAACUUAUUGUUACGGUUCCAAAGGCAUGGAAGGUUGAAGACGGAAAGGGAAGGUUGGGGCGAUUGCAGGGGCGGCUUGUAUAUGCAGUGUAAUAUCCAUAUUUAGGAAUUACUUUUUGUGUAUUGUUUAGUGAAUUAAGUUGAUGAAAUAAUAUAGGGUAAAAUGUAUUAA